CCGACAUCUCCGUGGCCCAGGGACAGAGCUGCAAACCCACGCCCCAGCCCUGUGCUGCCCCAGGCUAGGUGGAUCUGUCACGGCUCCGACACCAGCUCCCGCUCUCUCCAGAGCCAUGGACGUUCGUCUUGUCUUGUGCCUCCUCUGGGCUCUCCUAGCUACGGCCAACGCACGUCCUUCCAGCUGUUACCAGAGCUUCCCCGGGAAAAGCAGCGAAGCGGGGAGCUGUGCCAGUGGGGCAGAUUCUUGCAUCGCUGUUCAGGAAGUGAACAGCCUCGGGGGUGUGGUGAACACGGGUGUCUUCCAGUCGUGCACCAGCAGCCUGCACAGCCUGGAGGGAGACUUGGACUUUGAAUUCGGGGGCGGCGCCUACGUGAGGGUCCACUCCAAGUUGUGCAGAGAGACCAACUGCAACACGGGGGAGAUAAAGGAACGCCCCAAAAUCAGCACCGUGCCCAAUGGAGGACAGUGCCCGUCGUGCUUUGCCCCAGGAUCCCACCGCUGCCUCCACAAUGUCACACUGCACUGCCAGGGGGCUGCCAACCAGUGCGUCGACGUUGUUGGGUCGCUGUCAGAGAACAACAUCGAAAUCCCUUUCGCAGCCAGAGGAUGCGCCACGAAGGAUGUGGCCCAGAUCAAAGCUGGACACACCCUGGUGUCGGGCAUAUUCAUCUAUCAAAUCAAGAAUAUCCAGUUAAGCCCGGCCUCCAGAACGGAGACCGUGGAUGGCUUCUGACACCCUGCCAGCUCCAUCCCACUGGCGCACCCCCACUUUGAGCUAUUCCCUCCCCCUCACCUCCAGCUGUGAGUCAGUCCCCCCCAUCCCAGGCAGGGAAUAACGGUGCCAAGCAACCUUCGCUAAGCACUUUGAGACCCAUCAGUGCAGGGCCCAAGCCAGAGACCCAUUAUGGGCUUUGCACUGAGUCUGACAGGCUUAAAAACAGGCCUGAGUGUUAGAGACCCAUUAGCAGCUUCUCCCAGGACAGUGAUCUGAGGCAUAGAACCCAGGAGUCCUGGCUCCCAGCCCCACUGCUCUAACCUACCAGCCCUGACUCCCAUCCCAGAACCGGGGAGAGAACCCAGGAGUCCUGGCUCCCAGCCCCACUGCUCUAACCUACCAGCCCUGACUCCCAUCCCAGAACCGGGGAGAGAAUCCAGGAGUCCUGGCUCCCAGCCCCACUGCUCUA